AUGGCUCUUCAGACCAAAGUGGUGAUGCUUCUUAUUCUCGCCACAGCAGGAACAGCUUUGGCUGUGGCGAACCCAUCAUCAGAAGCUGAUCAUGACAUUGACAUGGAUCAGGCAGUAAAGAGUGCAUUUUCUGACAAAUGCCCAAAUGGAUGGACCUCCUAUUCUUGUCGCUGCUACUUGUACAAUGGCACCACACUGGAUUGGGCUUCUGCAGAGACAUUCUGUCAGAAAUCUGAUGCACACUUGGUCUCAAUACACAGCGAGAAUGAAUAUCAGAAGAUAAAGGCUCUUAUCCGUACUUAUGACCCCACGGAGAAUCCAACACUCAUCGGCCUCAGUGACUGUCAGAAGAAAAGUGGCUGA